CUUUUCUCUUUUCUUUUCUUUUUAUAUAUAUAUUUUGACAAUGAUCUUUCAUAGACUAUUCAACAGGAAUACUGUUUUCCCGGUCAAUAAUUCGCGUUUUAUUUCUACUAUAAGCAAACCUAACUAUGCUUUUGCUUUUGAUAUUGAUGGCGUAUUGAUCAAGGGCAAACGUCGUAUUCCUGAAGCCACACGUGCCUUGAAGCUUUUAAAUGGCGAUAAUGCUUCCAAUAGACGUAUUCCUUUUGUAUUAUUGACCAAUGGAGGUGGUGUCUCUGAAGAAGAAAAAGCGAGACAAAUCAGCGAGCUUGUUGGUAUCAAGAUUGACCCUAAACAAGUCAUUUUGUCACACUCGCCUAUGCAAAAUUUAGCUUCCAAGUACAAUGAUAAGCGAGUGUUGAUCGUAGGCGGAAAGGGCCGUCAUUGCUACAAUGUAGCCAAAAAUUAUGGUUUUAAAAAUGCAGUAACACCUCAUGAUGUGAUGCAUUGGAAUAGUUCUUCUUGGCCUCAUUCAACACCUACUUCUGAUUUAUCUAUCUUGACAGAUACUCCUGUUGAAUUCACCAAGUCACCCAUUCAUGCUGUGAUGGUAUUCCAUGAUACGUUUGAUUGGGGUAGAGAUCUCCAGAUCAUGUUAGAUGCACUCUGUUCAAAGGACGGUAUUCUGGGUACUCGAAAAGAGGAUUAUACGACACAAGAUGUUCCUUUAUAUUGGUCUAAUAAUGAUCUUAUUUGGAGUACUGACUUCCCUGCUCCUCGCUUGGGCCAAGGUGCUUUCAAGACCGCAUUAGAUAGUUUAUACAAGCAACUCACGGGUCAUGAUUUAAAAUCCACUUCUUUUGGAAAACCGCAUGCUGCUACUUAUCAAUUUGCUGAGCAAGUGAUUCAUUCUUUAUCAGAACAGCAACCUCAGCGUGUGUAUGCAGUCGGUGAUAAUCCAGCUGCAGAUAUUCAAGGUGCCAAUAAUUAUGGUUGGACAAGUGUUCUUGUUCGUACAGGCGUCUUUGUUGGAAGAGAAAAUUCUCAUGAAUUUCCUGCCAAGAUGGUCUGUGAGAAUGUAGAAGAGGCUGUUGAGAAGAUUAUUGCUCAAGAAGAAUUGUUAUAGUGUGUGUGUGUGUGUGUAUUUAAUAAACAUAUAAGAGUAAGGA